GGUGUAACUUAUCCCUGUAUACACGCAAUCUGGGCAAACUGGGCACCACCUUUAGAGAGAUCUAAAUUAGCCACAAUAGGAUUCUCUGGUAGUUUCUUCGGAACGGUGUUUGCCAUGCCUAUUGCCGGAUUGAUAGCCGAAUAUUGGGGAUGGCCAUCAUUUUUUUAUAUCUUUGGGACAGCUGGUCUUGUUUGGUUUAUAUGUUGGUGGUUUAUAGUAAAAGAUAGACCAGAAGAUGACAGAUUUAUUUCCAAAGCGGAAUUAGAAUAUAUUAAAUCCAGUUUGGACAACGAUGAAAAGAAAAAGAAAAUUGUUCAUCCAUGGAAAGCUAUGCUGACAUCAUUGCCAGUAUGGGCUAUAGUCAUGGCUCAUUUUAGCGAAAAUUGGGGUUUCUAUACGAUGCUUACUCAACUUCCAACUUUUAUGAAGGAUGUACUCGACUUCAAGCUGGAUCAGUCAGGUUAUUUAUCAGCACUUCCAUAUCUAGUGAUGACACUUGUUGUCCAAUUUUCGGGACAAUUGGCUGACUUUCUCAGAACAAGAAAAUUCUUGACUACAACACAAGUGCGCAAAAUCUUUAAUUGCGGAGCCUUUCUCUUCCAAACUAUCUUUAUGAUUGGUACAGCUUUUAUUCCGACUCCCGCAGGUGUUGUCAUAUGUAUAACCUUAGCAGUUGGAUUCGGCGGCUUCGCUUGGUCAGGAUUUGGAGUAAAUCAUCUGGAUAUUGCUCCAAAGCAUGCUAGUGUGUUGAUGGGAAUUGGAAACACUAUCGCAACUUUACCAGGUGUCGUCAGUCCUAUUAUCACUGGUUAUAUAGUGCAAAAUAAGUCUUCUUCUAAUGGAUCCAGGAAGCAUUUUUUGGCUAUCAUGCUGCCUUCGUCUUAUCAACGGUCCUUCAACAUCAAUUUUCUUGCUGAGUCUUCCCAAAUAAGAAGGGAUGGUGUGCGUCACGGGGCCCGACUAUUUUUCUUAGUGUUGCGAUCUGAUCUAUUGUUGACUUUUCUGCUCUAA